AGUUUCUUCUUCGAAUUCGAUUGUCAGUGUUGAUUGGAUAUUGUGAUGAAUUGGUACUAAUUACUGAACGGCUGAACUCCGGUCGAAAUAAUGGCCGGUACCGGUGGCAGCGCCUCUUCAAACCUAUCCCCAGCUCCCAAAAUCCUGUUAGCGAAGCCGGGACUCAUUAGCGCUGGCAAAUUCAAUCGAGGCGGCGGCAACGGCGGCGCAGACGAGGACUCCACCGCGCUCCGCUCACGUCUUCCGUCCGUCGGUUCCCUCAACCUCCUUUCAGAGUCCUGGGAUUUCCAGAGAGAUCGAUUUUUACCAUUUUUAACGGAUAACACCGAUUUCACUGUCGUCGGUGUAAUUGGUCCAACGGGGGUUGGAAAAUCAACCAUUCUGAAUGAAAUUUAUUGUUAUGAUUCUUCUUCACCUGGAAUGCUACCUCCUUUUGGUGUAGAAUCGGAGGAAACAAGGUCAAUGGCUAAGCAUUUAACGGUAGGGAUUGAGCCCAGAAUUUCCUCCGAAAGGAUCAUCCUUCUCGAUACUCAGCCUGUAUUUAGUCCUUCAGUUUUAGCAGAGAUGAUUAGGCCCGAUGGCUCGUCUACAGUCUCGGUUAUAAGUGGUGAGUCCUUAUCGGCAGAGCUAGCUCACGAAAUGAUGACUAUUCAGCUUGGUGUCCUUCUUGCAUCCAUUUGUCACAUAGUCAUCGUGGCAUCCGAAGGAGUUCAUGAUUCUAGCAUGUGGCGUUUAAUGUCAACGGUGGAUUUACUAAAACAUGGAAUACCUGAUCCAUCUUCUGCUACACUCUCCACUGUGAGCUUUGGCAAAGAAAACAUUAAUAAACCUCUGGAAAGUGGAGAUGAGUACAUUGCUUCUCCGAUUUUCGUGCAUACAAGGCUUCGUGACAGAGACAUUACGCCGUGCAACUUUGUACAAAUGAAGAAAGUACUUUCACGGUGUUUUAAAGGCACUUCAUUUGUAAGAUCGAAAGGCCAAGAUGCAACAAAAGAUGGUCGAUCUUCUGAUGUGGCUUUUGAAGCUUGUAGUAAUUCCGACAUCGACCUGAAACUAUUUCUUAUUCCAUCCCAAGGUAAAGACGACUCUUCAAAACCGCAGUACGAAAGCUAUGCCUCUGCCCUCUGGAAACUAAGGGAUCAGGUUUUAUCGAUGAACGCCCCUUCUUUUACUAGGACUGUUUCUGAGCGCGACUGGUUGAAGAAUUCUGCCAAGAUAUGGGAACUUGUUAAGAAUUCUCCAAUUAUCUCCGAGUAUUGCAGGACACUUCAAAGUGCUGGAUUAUAUAGGAAGUAGUUAACUUUAGUUAUUUUUUCUUAGAUUCUGAAUAAGUUAAUUUCCAUUCAGACAGUGCAUUGUCUAUGUACAAUUUUUGUUGCUAUUUCUUCAUAUGUUUGCU